AUUCCCUUCUUCUCUUCUUCUUCUUUCUCUCUAUUCUUGAAGUCUUUGUGGCCUCUUUCUUCAUUUUACUUCUCUGUUUUCUCUUCCUUCCCUUCUCUUGCCCUUUUUUCUCUGUUCUAUUCUCUCAUUUCGUUCCUUUCUCCAAAGGUUAUAAACAGAGCACUCCGUUUUGAAGUCCUCUGUUUCCUUCAUUCCUUAGGGACAUUAUUAUUAUUAGAGUAAAGAUGACGAAUCAGAAUGUGGUAGUGGCUGAUGCAAAAUCAACAAUCAACUUGGCAACAACAGUGCAUGUAUCUAACUCAUCGAUCUUUACUACGGCGGUUCAGAAGCCGCCGGCAGCGCCUGGUGGGUACAUCUCCAUUUCAAGAAAGAAACUUUUAAAGAAUCUUGAAAUCAAUGGUGGAGCAAGGAUUAAUGCUUGGGUUGAUUCAAUGAGAGCCUCAUCACCUACCCAUCUCAAAUCUACACCUUCACUUACUGAAGACCAAGGCUCUUGGACUCUCCACCACCCAUCAGCCUUGGACAUGUUUGAGCAGAUAAUUGAUGCCUCAAAAGGGAAGCAAAUAGUGAUGUUUUUGGACUACGAUGGUACUCUUUCUCCUAUUGUUGAUGACCCAGAUCGAGCUUUCAUGUCCAAGAAGAUGAGAGCAACAGUGAGAAAGCUUGCAAAGUGUUUUCCUACUGCUAUAGUGAGUGGAAGGUGCAGAGACAAGGUGUAUAACUUUGUACGGUUAGCAGAACUGUACUAUGCUGGAAGCCAUGGCAUGGACAUUAAGGGGCCAGCAAAAGGCUCCAAAUACAAGAAAGGUAGUGAAGCUCUUAUCUUCCAACCUGCCAGUGAAUUUCUUCCCAUGAUAGAUGAGGUUUACAAAGAAUUGGUAGAGAAAACUAAAUCAACUCCAGGUGCCUUUGUGGAGAAUAACAAGUUCUGCGUCUCUGUUCAUUAUCGCUGUGUUGAUGAAAAGAAAUGGAGUGAACUGGCACAAGUGGUUAGGUCAGUGUUAAAGGACUACCCAAAGCUUCGACUCACUCAAGGGAGGAAGGUAUUGGAAAUCCGUCCCACUAUUAAAUGGGACAAAGGGAAGGCUCUUGAAUUUUUGUUGGAGGCACUUGGAUUUGGCAAUUGUACCGAUGUGUUCCCUGUUUACAUUGGAGAUGACAGAACAGAUGAAGAUGCAUUCAAGGUAUUAAGAGAAAGAGGACAAGGGUUUGGAAUCCUAGUGUCUAAAUUUCCAAAGGACACUAGUGCAUCUUAUUCUCUACAGGAACCGACCCAGGUUAUGGAUUUCUUGCAACGGUUGGUAGAGUGGAAAAAGGAAUCUUUGCAAGGGCAGCCAAGGCUUUAAAACCAAAAAAAUAAAAAGUAGAAGAAUAUAUAUAUAAAUAUAAAUAGAUGUAGAUGUAAUGCCCUUCCCCCCCCCCUUCCAGAAAUGUAAUUAAGGGUGGGAUCAGGAAAACUACACACUUCCUUGUUCAAGGUUUAGAAAAAGGACUGGGACAAGAGGUAGAGAAGAGAUUUGGCAUGAAGGCCUUGUACAUCUUGUAAUUAACUACCUGAGUACAAGGGGUUGAAAAUCAUUUGUAAUUUUUGCAAGUAAUUUUCUGAAUGCAUAGAGCAGUUUUUAUCUAUAUCCUCAUUUAGCUCACCUAUCUGUGACUAAAUGUAAUCAUUUCACUGGUUUAGUUUCUUUGAUGAUGUAAUGGAUCAAGUUCAUAAACCUUUAAUCUCAUUUUGUCAAGGAGUUUUUGGUAA